ACUUACGGCCGUUCCGCAGCGUGGGGCGGCGGCAGCCACGGGCGGCUGCGCGGCUUUGGCGCACGCACAGAGCGCAGCGGCGGGAGCCCGGCACGCAGCGGAGGCAGCAGCGGGGACAAAGGGACCGAUCGGCAGGAACGGGGAGGGGGGCCCGGCGGGAGGCUUCAGCCGGGCGCGCGAGUCCUACGUCCCUUGGGCGCCUCGGGAAGCAGCAGCAGCCGCAGCAGCAGCAACCGCCGCCGCCAGCGCUCUGAAGCCGGGCUGAAAAACGAGCAGGGAAGCCGCCGCCGUCAUGGCCUGUGUCGCCGCCGCCGGUCGCCAUCCGCAGUGCAGCGUGCCCAGCCUGAGCCGCCGCCAGGUGCCCGUGCGGGCGCAAUGAGCAGCGUGGCCACCGGAGCCACCGCCGCCUCAGCGCCGCACUGAGCAGCAGCGUCAGCGAGCAGCGAGGCCGCCCGGACCGCCUCACCCCCCUCCGCGCGCCGCGGAUCCCGCCGCCGCCGCCGGAUCCUAUUGCGAGCAGUAGCCUCAUCGCCUCCGCUCGGCGGUACCCUCGAGAUCCCUCCGCCGGGGGAGAAAAAAUAGUCCCGUUGCCUGCCGCCUCCCUCAGAGGCAAGGGGGAAGGAGAGGAGCGGGGACGGGGGAGGGAAGAGGAGGAAGAAAAAGAAAAACGGAAAAAAAAGGAAAGAGAUAAAAUAAAAGGAGAGAAGCGCGGCGGCGGGAUCGGAGGAGCCGGGCCGCGAGCCUCCGCCCCAUGUGACUGGCGCCCGGGGUGGGGGCAGCGAGGCCCAGCGAACCCACCUCGCUCGGGAGCGGCGCCGGGGGGAGGCGGCUCUCGGACCCACCGGCGCGGCCGGGAAGGAUGGUCGUGUGAGGAGCGGGCGGCGCGAGGAGGAGCAGGAGGAGGCAGGAGAAGAAGCAGCAGCCGCCGGGCGACAGAGACCGAGAGGGGAGGGGGGUUCCCCGGGGGGGGGGAGGGGGGGGGUCCCGGCGUUUCAUGUGGCGCGUCCCGCCCGUCUCCUGCAGCUGAGCGACCGAGGGAGCGGCAGGCGGGCCCGCCGGGGCGAGGCGGAGGGCGAAGGCAGGAAGAGGAGAGAGGUGAUCGCCGUCGGGGCAGAGCGGGGGAGACCAUGUCCGGGCGGCCCAGGACCACCUCCUUCGCGGAGAGCUGCAAGCCGGUGCAGCAGCCCUCGGCCUUCGGCAGCAUGAAAGUCAGCCGAGACAAAGAUGGCAGCAAGGUGACUACAGUAGUGGCAACUCCGGGACAAGGUCCGGACCGACCACAAGAAGUUAGCUACACAGACACCAAGGUGAUUGGAAAUGGAUCUUUUGGUGUUGUGUAUCAAGCCAAACUCUGUGAUUCGGGAGAGCUCGUGGCCAUUAAGAAAGUCCUGCAGGAUAAAAGAUUUAAGAACAGAGAGCUCCAGAUUAUGAGAAAGUUGGAUCAUUGUAACAUUGUCCGAUUGCGCUAUUUCUUCUACUCUAGUGGAGAGAAGAAAGAUGAGGUGUAUCUCAACUUGGUGCUGGACUAUGUUCCUGAAACAGUAUACAGAGUUGCCAGACAUUAUAGUCGGGCCAAACAGACACUCCCUAUGAUUUAUGUCAAGUUGUACAUGUAUCAGCUGUUCCGGAGUUUAGCCUAUAUCCAUUCCUUUGGGAUCUGCCACCGGGAUAUAAAACCACAGAACCUCUUGCUGGACCCUGAUACAGCUGUUCUAAAACUCUGCGACUUCGGAAGUGCAAAGCAGCUGGUUCGUGGAGAACCUAAUGUCUCGUACAUCUGCUCUCGGUACUACAGGGCACCAGAGUUGAUCUUUGGAGCCACCGAUUAUACCUCCAGUAUAGAUGUGUGGUCAGCAGGCUGUGUAUUGGCUGAACUGUUACUAGGACAACCGAUCUUUCCAGGUGACAGUGGUGUGGAUCAGUUGGUGGAAAUAAUCAAGGUUCUGGGAACGCCUACAAGGGAGCAAAUUAGAGAAAUGAAUCCAAACUAUACUGAAUUCAAAUUUCCUCAGAUUAAGGCACAUCCAUGGACUAAGGACUCGUCAGGAACAGGACAUUUCACCUCAGGAGUGCGGGUCUUCCGGCCCCGCACUCCACCAGAAGCAAUCGCGCUAUGUAGCCGUCUGUUGGAGUACACCCCCACUGCCCGCCUGACUCCCCUGGAGGCUUGUGCACACUCUUUCUUCGAUGAACUACGGGACCCAAAUGUCAAGUUACCAAAUGGGCGAGAUAAACCUGCACUCUUCAAUUUCACCACUCAAGAACUGUCAAGUAACCCAUCUCUGGCUUCGAUCCUCAUCCCUGCUCAUGCCCGGAACCAAGCAGCUGCUUCAACCCCUACAAACGCUACAGCGGCCUCAGAUGUUAACGCAGGAGAACGAGUUCAGACCAAUAGUGUAGCUACAGCAUCAGCCUCCAACUCCACCUGAACCAGUACCAAGCAGCCAGCUGCACAGGAAAAAUCACCAGUAAUUUUGAGUCUUGCUCAGCAACACUGGUCACAUUUGGAAAGAAAAUUAAAAAGAGGAAAAAAAAAAACCAACAAAACAACAAACCAACCAACCUGUUCAUUUUAGUGUUCAAUUUUUUAUUAUUAUUAUUGUUGUUCUUAUUUAACCUUGUAAAAUAUCUAUAAAUACAAACCAGUUUCAUUGUAUUCUCACUCUGCAGGGUGUCCGGGGCAGGGGACUAGGUGGGGGGAGGAGGGAAAGCGGAGCAAUACAACACACCAAUGUCUCUCCCCUCGACAAUCUCUUCAUGUUGGAAGUUUGCUGUUGUGUACUUCAGAACCAGGACUCUUGCCUCAUACCCCCUCCCACAACAGAAAGAAGGAAAAAAACAAAACAAAAAUACCCCAAACCUCAUUCUCUGCUGAAGUUUUUUUUUUUUAACCCUCUUUUUUUAUUUUCUUUUUAAGUGAAGUUUCGGACUUUGAUGUAGUGCACAGCUUGAAUUUGGUCGGGAGCUUAGCAGGGGUCAUUCAACAGAGCUCAGCGUUUCUUGUCAGCAAAUCCAUAUCCCAGGUUAUCUGAAGAACUGCCCCGGCUUGGCAUGGGGAGCAGGCGACGUGGUAGGAAAAUAGGUUGCCAUGGGGUGGGAGGGAGGGUUUGCCGUGUGUCUAAGGCUUGAACCGCUAGUGGAAGCCUUUCAUUUUAAAAAUCAGUGCUAGCAAUGAAGAAAUCUACAGCUUCAUAUGGGAAAAGCCUUUCCCGAGUGAGUGAUAUAUAAUAUAAUACACACACAUGCACCAACACCAGCGGUUGGCUUUGCCGAAGCAGCCCCUUUGCCCAGCCGGAGCUCCUGCUCCCUGUGUGUCAGGCCGGCGCAGGGCAAGGAGGACGGUCAGCUCCGGCUUCAGCAGAGAAGAGCGGACGAACAAAAUCCUCAGCAGGGGCAGGGGCCCAGCUGGUGGAUGUUAAGGGACUUUUUGGAAAGUGGCCACUGUGAAAGCUUGUUUGGUUGGGUUUUUUUCUCUCCCUGCCCCUCCCCGGCUCUUGAUUUGAACAGGCUUCCCUUUCCCAAGGUGCGUACAGGAAAAGGAUACCAGGGGUUAUAAUGUGAACUGUUAACAGGCUACUGGUUUAUUUUGUAAUAUUUUUUUAAACUGCAGUUUUAACUUGCAGGAUGCCACAUUCUCUGAUAGUUCUGAUUUUAAAUCCACAGCUAGAAUCUGUAUUUAAUUUCAUCUUUUUUAAUCUCUUGCCUUUUUUUUUUUUUUGGAUCUCUAUUUAUUGAUGCAUGUUGCCACGUCGCCAUUAUGUUAGAAUAUUAAAAUACACAUCCGAAUGCUCUUGACAGUAAUUUGUACCUGCUGACUUGUAGGAAAGCUGGCUCUAUGAGUGUGUGUGUAUAUAUAUUAUAUAAAUAUAUACAUGUAUACAUAGAUACAGUACUGCUUUUUUUAUUUUUGUGUACGAUCUCAAAUCAGUCUGACUGAAGUGUGAGGUGAAUGCUUGUUCUAGUCCAUCAGUUCAGGGUCCGGGUUUCCUCCCUGCGACAGCGUGUGGCGCAAGCAUCCACGUCUCUCUUCCUGAAGUCAAAGCAAUAUUCCUCGCGAAAGGGUCAGGGGAGCGGCCGGAAACAAGACUUUUGGAGACCCGAUCUUGUUGUAGGCUUGCGGUUGGUGUCCGCUCCAGCCUUAUCUCCUCCUUCAGAGAAACUAUAGUCGCCUUUGGUGCUUACCGAGCUGUUACCGACCUGCGGAUCUCUAAGGCAAGCAGUUGCUUUUCGGGAGCACACGGACCUCCAUGUGGCCCAGGGGUGACCGGCAGUGGUGGCUUUGGCAAGCUCGGCCGCCGCAGGGGCGACAGGGGCUUUGUCAUGAGCUCGGUGCGUUUCUUCUUGUACCUUUUGUGCUGUUGACAUGGGAUUUUUUGGAAACUGUCUCUUAGCAGCCCUGGAACUGAUAAAAGCCCUGCCUUCUCCCUCCUGCCUGACACAUGGAGGAUUUGGGGAGGCAGGAGCUGUUUGAAGAGGUGAGUGACCACCUACCGUGAAACCGAUAAACCCUCAUGUUAUACCCUGCGGCCGUUUGCUGUUGGGCACACACAAAAAAAAAAAGGUUUUAAAGCUUUUUAGCUGUCAUUGCAUUCCGGCUGGCUGCAAAGGAAAGCACACCCAUGUUGAGAAACAGAAGGCUUUCCAAAUCCUUACCUGCAGCUUAAUAGAAAGGGCUGAAGAGCGUCUUAACGCAUGCGCUCGGCUAGUCAGUGUCCUGAAAGGUAAGUGAAGGGGCUUGGUUGACCCAGUGAUCCAAAUCCAUGCGGGAGACUCAAAAAGUAGGACAGUGGCAGGGUAUGGAUCUGCUGUAUAGACAAGACUGCUGAAGCACUGGCCACAGACGCUGUUAUUUGGAGGCAGUAAAUUACCGAGUCUUUAAAAAACAAAGUAAUAAAACUAUCAAAGAAAAAUUGCUGCUUGUGCCAGGAAAUGUGGCUUUUCUUUUUCGGUUUUUUGUUUAGGACUGGCGGAGGGGAGUAAAAGAGCGUUUCUCUCUGGUUUUGUGACUGUGCUGGCGUCUGUGUGUGUCUUGUGUGUGUGUUGGGCGGGGGGGGAGGGUCAGGGGCGCCCCUCUGGUUUUAUUUCUGUUUUCAAGGAUCAUAGCAGGAUCACACACUCUUUUAUACAAGUUAGAUCCAGGUCUUUGAACAACCUUUUUUUGUAAAUAAGGAAGAAAAAGAAAAAAAAAUCACAGGAAAAAAAAAAACAACAAAAACAAAGCUCCUCACCAAAUUCAAGCUUGUACAUUAUUAUUUUUGGUUGUUUUUGAAUUUUGAGUUUUAUUGUUUUGUAUGUAAAUAUGUGGACCCAGGAACUGUUAUUAAUGAGCAAAAAGUUACCGUUCAGGGCAGUGAUUCUGUUUAAUAAUCAGACAAAAUGUAGACGAGCUUUUUAAAGCCAUAUAGUUUUAACUCUGUACAGUAGGUACCGGCCUGUAUUAUUGUAACAAUAACUCUAGCGAUGUAUAGUGUAUCUAUAUAGUUUGGAGUGCCUUCGCUUCCAUGAUUUUUUGAAUUUUAUUUCCCUUUUAUUUUUUUCUCCUCUUCCUUUAUUAACAAUGUCUCCCACCCCAAACCCGCAUCUUUGCUCCCCCCUCCCGCUUUCUAACUCUUUGAGUGCUGUAAGGUUUCGGUGAUACCCUGAUCAGUAGCGGAACGAAAGGAGACCGUCUCCACCGUCAUGCAUUUCAUUGGAGCCAUGGCUUUGUUCUGGAAGUCUCCAAGUUGCCCACCCUGCCCUUUCCUCCUCCCGCUAGCAGUGACUGAUUUUGUUCGGACACUUGCCCCAGAGCUCAUUUAGACUUCACUUGUCUUUCCCCUCAGUCUUGUGCCCAGAAGCCCUCUGGGCAGUAGCAGUUUCCAGGAGGCUCAGCCUUUCCACCCUCCCUGCGGCUGUGCCGAGGGCAGCAGCCAGGCUCAGCGAGCGGAAAGGACUCCCAGGGAGGGAAACCCCCCACAUCCCACAGAUUUGCUGCGCUUGGAGCCAUUUGGCUGCGGCGGGAGCAGGGGCAUCACUGUAGGAGACUGCGGUGGUUUUUUCUACUGGGAGGACUUUCUGUUCCCUUUCUUCUCCCUGUUUUUCCCCCACAUCCCUCCCCAAAGACAUUUUUGUUUUCUUGAGAUAAGUUUAACAUGACUCUUGAUUUCUUGUGCCCAGCACGAAGGCCUUGUUUCUAAAACUAGUUUGCUUGUGUUUUACUACCUUGUUAGUAUUCCACAUAAGAUUGUCUUGAAUGGGAAAACACGUAACUCUUUACCAAACCAAAGGUUGCUGUUUUAUUUCGAAGCAUCUCGUGUUCAUUCCAGUGAAGCAGAGGCUGCACUUUCUUUCUGGUGACACGAACGUCAGUGAUGCCAAGCUGUUGGUGACAGUCUGCUCAGAGCUGUCCCUCUCUUCUUUUACUCUCUUUCGGGCUUGUUUUUUAACCCAGUGUGGUCUUGAUCUGUCCCUUAUGUCAGCCCUGCUGUAGAGUGGGUCUCUGAGCCGGGCUCGGUUGCAGUCUGUCUCCCCCAGUGGGCACCCAAUCAAGACACUGGUGUUUAAUAUUAAACUUAUCUACCUUGCUAGGGAAAAAAAUAAUGACCUGCAAAAGAAAAUUGGCUGGUAAAAGAUCCCUGAACACUCUCUCCCCUUGUUUCAAAGCCAAGCUCUACCUAAAAUGAUGGCAGGUGCCUGCAGCUUGCAACUUAAAAUUCCCCCCCUCCCCGGUUUUCAGUACUUGGAAAAACAGAAGUCAAGCAGCCUAUCAGACUCUUACUCCUGUACUAGGAACCUCAGCCACCGCGGAGAAAAAGGAAAAGCCGAUGAGGAAAAGCACAGUAGGGUAUUCGGUCCAGGCUCUGCCUUUUGGAGACUGCCAGCGGGUACCCCUGGGGUGGCAGCUGAUUUCCACGGGGCUCUCGGCCGGUUCUGGUCGUAGUUGGCUUCGUUUUGCAACACUGCAAUAAUGGCAAAACGACAGGAAAGGAAAACAGUACCUAAGGGGUUAGCUCAAGAAAAGUAGCUUCCUUGUGUUGGUCUUUCUCAAUUUAUUUUUAAUAUAUAUAUAUAAAAUAUAUUUAUAUAUAUAUAAUUUGCUUGCCUGUAAAAUUUGCAUUCAUUAAUGUGUUGCUGAUGGAUCACUUGGGCCUGUACACACCAAUUAGCGUGACCACUUCCAUCUUAAAAACAGAAAUCUAAAUAUAUAUAUAUUAAGGACUGUGGGUUGUAUACAAACUAUUGCAUACACUUGUGCAAAUCUGUCUUGAUUUAAAGGAAAAGCAAAACCUGUAUAACAUUAUUACUACUUGAAUGCCUCUGUGACUGAUUUUUUUUUUUCAUUUUAAAUAUAAACUUUUUUUGUGGAAAGUAUGCUUAAUGUUUUAUUAUUUCCCCCGCCCCAUUCCCCUUGUAAAUACGUUUUGUUCUGUGUGACUCGGUUCGGAAAUAGUUAACUGGUACUGUAAUUUGCAUUAAAUAAAAAGUAGGUUAGCCUGGAAAUGAAAUUUAAAAAAUA